UUGUACCGACACCCGUGAAAAUCAAUUUAAUCAAUAUGCUGUCAGAGACGGGGCUUCAGGUUAUAGAGGCCACCAGCUUUGUUUCCCCCAAAUGGGUUCCCCAGAUGGCUGACCAUACUGAAGUCAUGCAAGGAAUUAAUAAGUUGCCUGGUAUUAGUUAUCCUGUGCUGACCCCUAAUCUGAAAGGAUUUCAGGCAGCGGUGGCAGCAGGGGCCAAGGAAGUGUCGAUCUUCGGAGCAGCAUCUGAGCUCUUCACCAAGAAGAACAUCAACUGUUCCAUAGAGGAGAGUUUGGAGAGGUUCGAUGAAGUGAUGACUGCAGCGAGAGCGGCCAGCAUUCCUGUCCGGGGAUACGUUUCCUGUGUCCUUGGUUGUCCCUAUGAAGGGAAGAUUUCUGCAGCUAAAGUUGCAGAGGUCUCAAAGAAAAUGUACUCGAUGGGAUGCUACGAGAUUUCCCUUGGUGACACCAUUGGCGUUGGGACCCCAGGGAGCAUGAAGGAGAUGCUGACAGCAGUCAUGAAAGAGGUGCCAGUUGGGGCUCUUGCUGUUCACUGCCAUGACACCUACGGGCAAGCUCUUGCCAACAUCUUGGUAGCGCUUCAGAUGGGCGUGAGCGUGGUUGAUGCUUCCGUCGCUGGCCUUGGAGGCUGCCCCUAUGCCCGAGGAGCUUCGGGAAACGUUGCUACGGAGGACUUGGUGUACAUGCUGAAUGGCCUGGGCAUCCACACGGGUGUGGAUCUGCAGAAGCUGAUGGACACAGGCACGUUUAUUUGCAAUGCUCUCAACAGACGAACCAAUUCCAAAGUGUCCCAGGCAUCUUGCAGACUGUGA